AUAGAUGUUCCCAACAACAACAGUAACAGCACAUUCUUUAAACCAGAGAAGGAAAAGCUGCCAUUUGAAACACACCUUUAAUCUUCACACAGUUGUGGAAAAUGGCGGUAGCAUCAACUUCUUCUUUAGCUUCUCAACUCUCUGGCCCCAAAUCCUCCUAUUCAUGUCCUCACUUCUCUGGCCUCCGACCUUCUUCUUUGAACUCAAUUUCCUUUUCCACUACUCAAUCCUUUUCCCAAAAUGUUGAUUCUCACCUUCGCCUUUCUUCGUCUCAGAAAGGUUGCAGAGCUGUCGUCACUAUGGCCGGCUCCGGCAAGUUCUUUGUUGGUGGCAACUGGAAAUGUAAUGGAACAAAGGACUCCAUAAGCAAGCUUAUCUCUGAUCUGAACAGUGCAAAGCUCGAGUCUGAUGUUGAUGUGGUUGUAGCACCUCCUUUUCUGUACAUUGAUCAAGUAAAGAGUUCACUAACUGAUAGGAUCGAGAUUUCUGCUCAGAAUUGUUGGACUGGCAAAGGUGGAGCUUUCACUGGUGAAAUCAGUGUGGAACAGUUGAAAGAUCUUGGCUGCAAGUGGGUCAUUCUUGGGCAUUCUGAGCGGAGACAUAUAAUUGGAGAAAAUGAUGAAUUUAUCGGGAAGAAGGCUGCUUAUGCUUUGAGCCAGAAUGUUGGAGUUAUAGCCUGUAUUGGAGAGUUACUAGAGGAAAGAGAAGCAGGAAAAACUUUUGAUGUAUGUUUCCAGCAAUUGAAGGCCUUUGCAGAUGCUUUGCCAAGUUGGGAUAAUGUUGUCAUUGCAUAUGAGCCAGUAUGGGCUAUUGGAACUGGCAAAGUGGCGACACCUGAGCAGGCUCAGGAGGUGCAUGCAGCUGUUCGUGAUUGGCUCAGUAAGAAUGUCUCAGCAGAAGUUGCUUCUGAAACACGCAUAAUAUACGGAGGCUCUGCGAAUGGAAGCAACUGUUCUGACCUUGCAAAGAAAGAAGAUAUAGAUGGCUUUCUAGUAGGGGGUGCUUCCUUAAAGGGUCCUGAGUUUGCCUCCAUUGUUAAUUCUGUGACAUCCAAGAAGGUAGCUGCUUGAUCAUUUGUCAUGGGUGGUCGUCGUGGAAAAUAAAUGGCUUAGAGAAGUACCAGUGGCAGAAGGAUCAGAUGACCAAUUUAAAAGUGAGUUUUGUCAUGGAAUUUUGAUACCUUUUCAACUCUUCAUUUGUAACUUACUUCUCAUCCAUCACAUUCAGUAACACACUGUGGUGUACCAAAAUGGUGAGCUUCACAGUAUAAAUGUUUUUUAGAUA